AUGAAUCCAAUUUCAUAAAAAUUAGUUGUGAUAAAAGAUGAGGAAAAUAACAUGGAAUCAAAAAUUUAAUUUAAGAUAGAUUUAUACUCUUAAUCUUUGGUAGCAAAACUUGGUUAAUUGUAACAGAAUGAUAUAAAAGUUCAAUCUAAGAAGUAAAAGCAUUUAUUGAUGAAAAAGAUGUUUUAAAGUUUGUUAGAAUUCUAAAUUAGAAGUUGAGACUUGCACAAGUAGAGUGUUUAAGUAUAUUUAGAAAAUUGUUUUAAUAAGUACAAUAAAUUGUAGGAAUAUCACAAAAGUUCAGAAUUUAUGGGGAUAUUUAAAAAGUCAUCUAAUUGA